AUAUUGUGGCCAAAAAAUGCCUGGUUUAGCCACUGAACUAAGAGAGCUUAUUGAAGGCAGCACUAAAUCUAAAAGAAGACACAGAGAAAUAAUCAAAUGGAUGCAGAAGAAAAGGCUUCUAAGAAGAGGGAUGAGAUGUCAAAAAUGCAAACACAAGAUGAAAUUCAAGGAAUCAGUUUGUGUGGACAACUAUGCAUGGGUUUGCAAACACCAUAACCACAGAGGGAGGAAACUGAAGAGGUCAAUUAGACACAAAUCUAUGUUCAGCAAGUCAAAGGUUUCUCUCUUCAACUGGAUGCGCUUUGUGUACAGAUUUGCACAGGGCCUGCGUCUACGUCAAGUGGACAUGAUCAAUGAUGACAUCUCUGGAAGCUCAGCAACCCUGUCCAAGAUGGCUCAAAAGCUGCGAGAUGUUUGCACUACUGCAAUGGACAGAUAUCAGCGACGAACAGGCCAGUACAUUGGAGGGCGGCAGGAGUUUGUCACCAUUGAUGAGAGCCACUUCAGACACAAAAGAAAGUAUGGACGAGGACGAAUGGCUGGUGGGUGGAAGAGGAAGAAGUGGGUUUUCGGGAUGCUAGGUGUGAACCGGAGAGGGAAAAGACAUGCAAAGCCUGUUCUUCGCUUAGUCGAGAGAAGAAGAAGGAGAGAUCUGGUGCCGCUUAUAGCUCACCAUGUUAAAGUGGGAUCUACAAUAAUAAGUGAUGAGUGGCGGGCUUAUCGCAAUGCUUUACCUCAGCUAGGUUACACCCAUUUCACUGUCAAUCACAGUGUUUCAUAUGUUGAUGCUCAAACAGGUGCACAUACACAGCACAUAGAGAGGGCCUGGAGAAUGGUUAAGGAAAAUGUGUGGAGACUAAGAGGGAAUCGCACAGAGGAGUUACUGGUAGACCAUCUCAGAGUUAUUGAAUGGUAUGAGUGGCUGGCCCGUAAACAUCGCAAGGGGCCAUUAGGACGGAUAAUCCAUGACAUUGCUGUGAUGUAUCGACAUUAAAUAUCUCUCUGAAAUAAUCUGUUUCUUAAAUGUUUAGCACAAUAAGUACCAAAACCUCAAUGUUUUGUAUACUGUUGUAUACUGCUGUUCUGCCAUGUGAGGGCUCAGUAUGUUUGUUUUUAUACAUUAAAGACAAUGUUCAACAAGUUGUCUGUUUUAUGUCAUUGCUAAUAUAUAGUACACAUGAAAGUCUAUGGGUGGAAGAAGGUUGAGAUACAAAAAUGUGACAUUUUAAAUAUCACAUAAAAUUUCUGUACCUUGA